GUCAGCAGGCUGCACCGCUGUCCACGUCCACGAUGGGCUCCUCUCGGGCUCCCCCGGCAGGGUGCGUGGGAGGGCGCGGGACGAUGGUCUUGCUGCUGGCUGGGCUCCUCCUGCCAGCGACCACGGCGAAGAGCAUCGGGAUCUUGUCGGACCCCUGCAAGGACCCCACACGGAUCACCUCGCCCAAUGGCCCCUGUGUCCUGGCGAAGGGCCAGGUGGGCGGCAGCGGCAGCGGCAGCAGCUCCGCCUCGGGCUCCAGCCUCUCUGCCUCGGGCUCCAGCCCCUCCGGCGGCUCCCAGGGUGGCUCCUCAGGACCGGUGGUAUUCAAGCCGGGGACGGGGUACUCCCAGGUCAGCUACUCCUCGGGCACCAGUUCCAGCUCCAGCUCCCAAAGCUCAUCCAGCUCCAUCCAGUCCGGAGGCAGCUACCGGGGACGAGGGGAUGGCUCCGCUCUGCCCACUGGUGACGACGCCUCCCACUCCUCUUCCUCCUCCUGGUCCGGCUCCUUGCAGUCGGGGGGCGGCGCCCCGGGCCGGCCCUGUCCUCCCAUCACUUCCGUGCAGCAGCCCUACGGAGGCUACGAGGUGGUGGGCGGCUCCUCUAACAGCUACCUCGUCCCGGGCAUGACCUACAGCGGGGGCAAGAUCUACCCCGUGGGCUACUUCACCAAGGACAACCCUGUCAGGGGCGCCCCCGGGGGUCCCCCUCUUGCAGCCGGGCCCCCGGUCUCUGAGGGCAAAUACUUCUCCAGCAACCCCAUCAUCCCCAGCCGCACCUCCUCGGGCUCCUACCAGUCGGGGGUGCCCCCCGCCAUCGUGUUCCAGCCCUUGGGCUCCGGCGGGGUUCAGCCCUGCGGGGUCGGCUCCACAGGCUCCAAGGGCCCCUGCGGCCCCUCGGGUUCCCGGGUGUACAUCAGUUCUAGCGUGCAGGGCGGCUCCAGCUCGUCCUUCCAGCCCUGUGGUGGUUCCUCCCAGGGGCCCUGCUCCCUGCCAGGGCCCGGCUCCUUCAGCGGCAGCUCCAGCUCCAGCUCCCUGCCAGGCACCAGGGUCAUCCUGCAGCCCUGUGGCAGCAAGUCCGUCCCCGCUGGCCACCCCUGCAUCUCCGUCUCCUCCUCGACCUUGAGCGGGGGUCCCGACGGCUCUCCUCAGCCCGAUCCAUCUGCUGGUGCCAAGCCCUGCGGCCGCAGCAGCCCUGGAAGGAUUCCCUGCCGCUCCAUCCGGGACAUCCUGGCCCAGAUACAGCCCCUGGGGCCCCAGCUCGCCGACCCUGCCGCCUUCCUACCCCCAGCAGAGGGUCCUGCCAGCUCCUGAGCCGGCCGUCCAGUGCUCAGGCGUCAGGCGCAAGCUCACACUGCCUGCUCCCAGGCCGGCCAGGCCACGUCGGCUCACCCUGCUGCCUCCCGAGCGCUCGCAGCCGCAGGUGCACGCGCCUGUCGCCUGCUGUCCGUCUCCAUCACCCGAUGGCGGGCUCCCAGUCCCUCCUCUUCCUCUCCGCGGCUCCGCCCAGCCCUGCUGCUGUGCCCCGUGCCAGCCUCUUUCCAACUGCCCUGCUGUUUCCUCGGCUGACUGAGGUGACCACUGGCCCUGCGAGUCCUUGGCCGGAAACCCCAGGAAUGCUCUUGGACCUCAACGCCCAGACCCGUCCGCGUCAUCCCGACUCUUCCCCUUUGCCAAAUAAAUCGACGUCCACGCCAUUCCCCGAAACAGUGCCCACUUUUCAUUGAGCCGCCUGUUACCUCUCCGCCAGCCAUUCCGCCCUUGGCCGUGUCCAGGCCUUCCCUGCCCUCGAGCUCUUGGUCUUGGCCCCCGGGCGUCCCCUCGCCGCUCAGGUGCUGCCCUGUGUGAGGAGGACAUUGGUGCCUCGAGGAGAGAGCAGGCGGCCUGCUCUCUCUGGGCCCUGGCCGGUUC